AAGAGAUACAAACAUUGAAGAAUUCUGACCCUGUGAAUGAGAAGGAAAAAGACCAACAGCAGAAAAUAAUGAAGGGGAGUGAGGCUGCUCUAUCAACCUGAUCAACACAUUUAAAGCAAUAAUGAAAAGUCAACAUUUAUGGUGAGAAUGACAGUCAGAAAAAGAAUGUAGAGAUGCACAUCAGUACUCAUGGAAGGAAAAAGACUAAUAAAUGUAGCAUUUGUUGAAAAACAUUAAGUCGAAAAACCAUAUAAAUUUGAUGUGUGUGGAAGAGCAUUCUCUAUAUUAGUGCACCUACAGAGGUACAUGAAGAUACAUACUGGUGAGAAAAAGAUGAUGAAUAUUAUGUGUUUCAGAGGAAAAUCAGAGAAAAAUCAGAUUUAAAGGUACAUUUGUGGACACACGAAAGUGAAAAACAAAGGAUUUCUUAUUAAGCACCUGACUCUUAAAAAGAUCCAAGGUCACCUAGGGUUGAAAAACUUUCCAAGUAUAAAGAGACAUGCAGUCAGUCAAAUAACAUGGAGAUACCAAACAACACUUAUCUGGAAAAAGCUUUACAUCAAUGUGAUGUUUGUUGGAGGGUGUUUAGUAAAUCUGGGAGUUUAACGAGACACAGGAAGAUGCAUUCAAGUGAAAAACCUCAUAUAUGUGACAAGUGUGGAAAAGCAUACAUUGAAAGAGGGCAUUUGAUUGGACAUAUGAAGACACAUAAUGAUAACAGUCUUGUAACCUUUGCUGAAAAAGAACGCUUGAACAGACGCCUGAUGGCGCAUACUCGGAAAAAGUCUUUUAAUUGUGGCAAGUGUGGAAAGUUCUUUGGUACAAAAAACUACUUACAGAAGCACAUGAGGAGACAGGCAUGUGAGAAGCUGUUGAAAUGUGAUGUGUGUCUGGAGGUCAUUGCAAAAUUUGAUUUAGAAAGACACAUGAAAACACAUCAAUGUAAAAACCCAUUUGUUGAUAUGUGCAAGAUGGUAAAUUAUCAAACUGGGCGGUUUGAUGAACCAGUAAGGAUUUCUAUUUAUAGAGGAUCCUUUCUGUGCAAAGUGUGUGGAAAGAUGGUCACUUGCAUGGAGAGCCACAUGAGGACACACACACAUGGGAAACCUUACAAAUGUAAUGUAUAUAAGGAAGCCUAUAAUCUAAAAACACCCUUGCCUACACAUACAGGGACACAUACAUGUAACAUACCCUAUAAUUGUGAUGUGUGUAGGAAAGUAUUCAUCCAAUUAGGACAAUUAGAGAGACACAAAGAGACACACAAAAUUAAUAGGCCUUAUUUAUGUAGUUUAUGCGGAAAGGCAUACACACACUCACAUAACUUACAUAUACACAAAAGGACACAUACAGGUGAAAAACCUUAUCAGUGUGAUUUGUGUGGGAAAUCUUUCAUAAAAUCAUCUAACUUAAAGAUACACAUUAGGACACAUACUGGUGAAAAACCUUAUAAAUGUGAUUUGUGUGGGAAGGCAUUUAUCCACUCAGGUGAAUUAAGUAGACACACAAGGACACAUACAGGUGAAAAACGUCAUAAAUGUGUUGUAUGUGGAAAGGCAUUUUACCGAUCAGAACAAUUAAAGAAACACGUGAGGAAACAUACAGGUGAGAAACCUUAUAAAUGUGAUGUCUGUGGAAAGGCAUUCAACCAAUCAGGUUAUGCAAAGCUACACAUGAGGAGACAUACUUGUAAAAGAACCUUAAAAAUGUGAUGUGUGUAAAAAGAGACUUUACCGAUUAUGUUCUUUACAGAAACACAAGACGACACAUACUGUACAGGUAAAAAAAAAACUAAAAACUUCUCAGAACACCUGACAGUUGAGGAGACAUUGAGUCAAUUUUAUGUGUGUGAGAAGGCAUCUUACAAACGUUUAACGAUCCUAUGUUUUACAGAGACACAGGAGGACACAUACUGAUAAGAAAACUAUAAAUGUGAUUUGUGUUAGACGGCACACAAGUGAACAGAUCACUUACAGACACUUUAGAGAAAACAAACAUACCUUGUAAUGUGUUGGAAGGCUUUCUCUUUUUCAGAUUCCAUAUAAAAGCACCUGAGAGAACAUACUGGUGAUAAACCUUAUAAAUGCGAUGUGUGAGUGAAAAGGCAUUCUACUGACUGGAUAUCUUACUUACACGCAUGGACAUGUAAAGGUGAUAAAAUAUAUUAAAUGUAUGUGGAACGACAUUUACCCGAUUACUUGACUUAAAUGUGUAUUGUACUUGGGAAGGUAUUCAGUCCAGUUAAAUAAGAAUUUUACAGAGACGCAUAACGAUACAUACAGGACACUUCAACCAAAUAAAUCUGUAUGUGUGAAAGCAUACAUUUAGCAUAUAAACACGUAAAGAUAACAUAUAUGAACAUGUAUGCUAGUGAAACUUCCUAUGAAGGUGAGGUCUGUUGAAAAGAAGUUUAUCAGACGUUGGAGAAAACCCCUUUUCUAUGUGACAGUGGAAAGUUUGAAAGAUUGAUCUGAACAUUAACAGAUAUACUUAAGGACACAUUUACAGAUGAUGAUCCUAAUAAAGGUGAUGUGUGUGGGAAAAAGUUCGGGAGUUUGGAUGUAAUGAAAUAACAUGUAAUUUUUGUGGAAAGAUAGUCAAUGAUUCAAAGGGUUUACAGAAACACAUGAAAAUACACAAAGGAGAAAAACUUCAUUUAUGUGAUGUGUACGUGGAAAGGCAUUGAUUGAGAAAGAACACUUGAGACAUGAAGAUACAUUCAUGUACAUUUGGAUAAAAAGGUGAUACAUUUGAUAAACAACAACAGACGUGAUGUGUUUUGAGGACAUUCACUUACUUUACUAGACACUAGAAAACACAUCUAGGAGUAUACAUAUUUGUGAUGUGUUUUGAGGACAUUCACUUACUUUAUGAGACACUAGAAAACACAUCUAGGAGUAUACAUAUUUGUGAUGUGUGUGGAAAAGUGUUUAUUAAAGACACCGUUGAAAAUACACAUGAAGUUAUAUUAAAAAGUUAUAUUAAAAAGGUAGUGAACAUGUACAUUUUAUCUGUGUAGAAAAAAAUUAGCAAAGGACACUUGAAAAGUCCCAUCAAAACUCACACUGGUGGAAAAAAUGUGAUUAUGAUUUGAGUGGGAAAUGAUUUAUGCUCUUAAGUUGUUCCUUUCAAUCUGCAAAUAAGUGUUAUUUGUUUUAGAGAAAGUGUUAUUUUGUUUUAGAGAAAGUGUUAUUUUGUUCAGUGAAAAGGCAGACUGAAAGAUCAUAUGAAUUUAACGUGAAAAAGAGUCAUAACUGUGAAGUGCUUGGGGUGUAUAUAGACACAUAGAAUUACAGGGAGGUGAAAAGCAAUGAAAACGGUAAUUAAUCAGGGUUACUUUCAUACAUACAGUGUAUACAGCCUAACAAAGAGAUGCUACAUUUAUAAUAAUGAAGCACGGGUUAAGAGUAGAAAUUGAAAUCAGUUACUAGCAGAUAAAAAAAAAAAAUUUAACAGACAUGACUGAUUAUUACUGUACAUGUAAUCCUGGCAGUGCGAUGUGCUCUCAUGAGGUCAAUUUGACUUUGGAGAAAAAGAUGACCCCCUUUUCAAGAAUUAACUUUAAGGCAUCUGAAAAUAUCCUCAUUUAGACUGUUUAACAUCAUGAUUUCCUGCGUUUUCUAUGAUUUUCUUUACAUUUUUAAUAUUGUGCCGAAAGUGCAUAUUUGUAGAUAUAAUUAUAUAUUUUUUUAAUGAAAUGAAUCACUUAAAAUCCGUUUUAUGUAUUUAGUU